UUAUUUGAGACAUUAUACAAUUAUGUAUAACAGUAGCAGGAACACGUAUUAUCAGGUUUGUAGACAAGCACGCCAACCUUUAUUACGUGCUGCACAUGUGUAGGUAUCGUCGCAGAAAUAACGAAAUACCGCGCUUAGACGAUAUAUGUCUUCGCGAUACACAGAAUCUGCGGGAGAAGAGCGAUGCAAGGUUUUUUUUUUUUGAUGUGGCGGUGAAUUUAGCCUAACUGGCAGAAGGAUAUUAAGGCGGCUUCCUUGUGGAAUGUUCUCAUUGAAAAAUGUAAACACUGACGAUAUAUAUACGUACAAGUAAAGAAUCACAAACCCACUCAGUACUUUUCUUUAUAGUUGUCGGAACUAUAUACACCGGAGUCAUUAUAAUAGUUCCGCGAUGUUUUGCCUAAAGAUCGUUUCUUGAUUCACCACUGUGGGUGCAACAUCGUUAAAACGUCUUUGUGGUUCUUCAUGCUUUUAAUCUGAGACCGAGUUAUCACGGAAGUAGGAGACAUGGAGGGGACACGGAUAUACAAGAACUUCCACCAAUGGCUGAUACCCUCCAGGGCGGUGGUGGUGAUCCUUGCCCUGGCCUCGGUCUUUGUGAUCGUCGGUAUCGUUCUGCUUGUGAUAGGGAGUACUGUGUCGACCGUCAUUGGAGCUUUACUAUUCACCCUUGGUCUGCUUCUGGUUUUGUCCUGUUUUCUGUUAUGCUUACACGCCUGUUUUGUGAUGUACGUCAAAGACCAAUCAACGCAAACACAAGAUAGCGAUAUCAACACAUCUUCAAACAGCAAAAGAGAUUCUGAUCAAAUUCCGACAUACGCUUUUAUUGACAAGAAACCGCCACCUUCACCUUCCAGCAUCCAUAACGGUCGAGUUGCACCAAAGAAAUUCGUGACCAUUGGUGGUUAUGCAUCCCAAAACAACGCAGCAGAUUUGGGUUCUCAUUAUAGGACAACUACAGAGUAUGGAACUGCGGCUCAUGAAAAUAACAGAUUCAAUUCUAAAUAUCCAACAUCUAAUGCAAGACAGCAACAGUUUCAACAAGGGCCUCAGCGAGUUGCGCAGCAAUCGUAUGCUUUUCCAAUGAACUCAUCGCAUCCAACACCAUAUAGCACUCUGAAGCAACAAAAUCAGAGACAGCAACCAAUCGUACAACAACAGCAACAACAGCAGCAGCAGCAACACAAUGAUAUCCAGCAAAGCAACUUUGGAUUUAAUCCGUACGCUGAAGACAUGGAUUACGAUAAUCCAGUGGAAACUAUGCCAUUGAUGGCAGAAAAACAGCAGUCUGUUCAUUUCAAAACUUCAAACGACGACACGUUUGAACCAAAGCCUCUUGUUUAUCCGUCUGCCAGACGACCUAUAACCUUUGAUCAAAUGUCGUCUUCAAAGAUGAGCAUUUAUGACAAUGUGCAGUUCGGUUUAGAUUCUUUAAAACAAGACAGAGAAAUUGAUUGACUUGUCUACAGUUGCUUCGUUUAAGCACAUUAGUGACUAUAUGCAUUGAACAGUUUAAUUAUGUUCCAAAUACCCUACUGUUGAUUUGUAUCAUUUUUGGCUAGUUAUGAAACAAAGCAUAAGUUUAGCCCGGUCAUAGGAAAAUUCAAUGGUAUAAAUUGAUUUUAAAAUAAAUUAAAUGAAAGUAAAGAUAAAAAAAUUAGAGAUUUUAUAUAUUUUAAAAAUUUGAUUAACUCACAAUUUUUUUUAAAAUUUCAUACAUUUAUUAUUUUUGAAAUAUAAUUUUAUUCUGAUUUUUGUAUAUCAAUAUAUUAUUGCAUUUUGUAAAUAUAAUCAUUGCAUGAACGGAAACAGGAAUUGAACGAGAAUAUCCGUCUGAGUGUGAAUGAUAAAGCGUUUCUAUGAAUAUAACUGUAAUUAUAAAUGUUAUAAAAUAUUAUUUUUU